GGUUAAUCCCAUGGAAAACGGAAAACCCUAAACCCUAGUUUUCUCUGUUCUAAUUCUUCCGAUCUGAGCUCAUAAUCAAUGGCUUCAGCGUGCAGCAGAAUUGCUCAAAGAGCGUCAAUUUCAUCCAUCAAAUCAGCUAUCAAAUCGAACAUUCGUUCAUCUUCUGUCCCCAAACCAACAUCCACCACUUCUUCUCCGCUUCGCCGAUCCUUUUCAUCAAGGAUUGCACCGGAACUUGGAUGCGUGCAGUCGAUGUUGCCGCUUCACAGUGCGGUUGCGGUGUCUAGAAUGAUGUCACGCCUCAGCAUAACUUCGAGGAACUGUCAGUCGCUUUCUCAGGAGCUUGGUCUAUCGGUUCCAAGGUGACUUACUAGAAGAAAGAUUGAAGAAAGCUUUUUAGGUUUGUAACGAUGGAUUUGUAAUCAUUUUGUUACAUUGUUGCCCAGAAAGUGGGUAUACUUGCUGUAAUUCUUUCAGGCUUAGAAGAUGAUUUGUUCUGUUGAAUAAAAAAUAGUACCUAAAUUGAUAUAUUUAUUCAUACACAUAAAUAGCAUGAUACCUUCUGCAAA